AUGGCGCGAGACAUCUGCAGCUCACCGUUGUCGUCUGCGGACGAGGCGGCCUCCGGUGGCUUCCCAGAGCUGUCUCCGUCGCCUGUAGAGUCGCGUGGCAAGGUCCGAAAGACUGGGGGAAAACGGAGGCCCAAGGCUAAGAGGACGGUCUUGCAGAGUAAGAAGCUGAAGCCUACGCAGGAGUGGAAGAGCUCCAAGGAGCUGGUACACGACGUACCCCAGGAUUUUGUCGAGUACCUGGACGAUCAAUUGAGCGCCAUGCAACAGGCCAGAUUCGAGACAGAAUUUGGCGGCGGACAGGGCUACAUCGUGAAGCUGCCCGCUUCAACCUGGAAGACGAAGCGCAAACGCGACGAACUGGAGAGCUGGGUCCGAGCUUUAGGCUUCACAUCCGGCGCUACGUUGAAGCGUAAUGCGCUGCGUAUUGCCAGCCUUAAAGCAGAUGUGAUUUUGAGUGAAUUGAAGCAGAGAAGGCCUUCGAUUGAUGAUGAUGACAAGGUGGACGAUGCAGACGUGGAGCCUGAGCCAAUUAGCGACAGUGUAAGUGGUGAUGACGGGAAAGAGCAGGAUGGAAAUUACGACAUGGAUCCAGCGCUUAUUCGGCUGAAAAAGUACUUUAAAAAGUUGGAGUCGCAUAAAUUGGAGGUCGUGUCGUUCUCAGAGAACCACCGACUGCUAUCGUCCACGCAGCACAUGGCGAUCGCUGAUGCCAUGGAGGACGUGCUGGCACAGCCUUCGAUCCGUAGAAAUCGUCGUCUGGCGCGGCGCCUGACGAAGCUGGGGAGAGUCUCGGACCACCGACUGUCUUCUAUUGGUCUGGCACCUGCGUCUUUCCUGCCGUCAGUGGAAGACGAUUGGAUGGGGGAUCGAGAGAGGAAUAUAUCGUUGACACCAGUCAAGCGACGUAUUUCGCAUGGAGACAUCUCGUCGACACAGAAGAAAAAUGUGCUGGGACAAAGUGUGCUGCACCUUGUGCUUCAUUCUGGAUUGGUUGACGUGAAGACGUCAAAGGAAGUGCUGCGAAAGGUUUCUACGAUGUGGGAGAAGAUUGCUGUCAUAAAAGCCAACGUGUACUCAACGACACAACUCUACAGUCGUCACCCGCGUGGCCAUUAUCUAUCGGACGGUGCUCACAAAGAAGUAUUCAAAGUCUUCUCGUCGGAGCAAAAGCGACUCGAAGCUGUCAGCGUGAUGGAUAUCGGUGACAUCAGCAAUCAGGAUGUUGUCCGCUUAGAGGUGGGACAUUCGGUUCUCUUGUCGGACGCGUGCGAGCACGGCAUUUGUCCGAAUUUUCUCCAGGUUUACGAUGUUUUUCUGGCACACGAACGACCUCGUCCUGCUCGCUGGGGUAGCAAAACGCACCGCAAACCUGUGGAGCUGUUGACGAACGCCGAUUCCGAUCUUGAAGGAGCUGAGAGUCAGCAACAAGAAGCACCAUCCAGUGAUGAGCAUGAACAACUAUUCCAGUACAUGCGGAUGGAGUUCUGCGACGGCGGCGAUCUUGAAGACUUUAUCAGUCUGCAGGAGAACAAGGCGCUUCCACUGAAGUCUGUUGCGGUGCCGUUUUUCUUCCAAAUGGUGUUUAGCUUGUACUGUGCGCGCGAAAAGUUUAACCUGCGCCAUUAUGAUGUCAAGCUUCUCAACUUCUUCCUGAAGGACAUUCGUCGUGCCAAGCUCGGCGAUGCCUCAGGACGUGAUGUUGUCCUGCACUACAUUAUGGAAGACUCUUGCUUUGUGCUCCAAAUGCCUGCAUCGUUCUCGUACUGGGUGAAGCUAGCUGAUUAUGGUGCAGCUGAUUCCAGUCCGGAGAAUCUGGGGAAACCCGUCACGAUCGACCAGUUCGCUACGCUGGAGAACUCACCCAUCGAAUUCCUAUUGGAAGGGGAUGCAGCCGAGCAGUCCUACGCUGCAGACACAUUUUCGUUGGGCCUAUGCCUCUUGCAUUUGUUUACGGGAAGCGACCAAGCGUCCCCAACGGAAGUGCAAGCUGGCAGUCGGUGCGAAUAA